AUGGCAUCUCUAGUAGAGAAACAACCCUUCAAAGCCCUCUUCUCAUUCUUCUUAUUAGUUUUACUCUUCUCCGAUACAGCAGUAUCGUCCCAUCGAAAAAGAUUUGAUCGGAAAAAACCCUGCAAACAGUUUUCCUUCUACUACCAUGACAUCAUGUACAAUGGCGACAAUGUUGCAAACGCAACCUCAGCCACUAUUGUGCACCCUCAUGGAUUCGGAGACUUCCUGUUCGGUAAGUUUGUGAUCUUUGAUGACCCCAUAACAAUGGACAAGAACUAUCGCUCGAAACCUGUGGCUCGUGCACAAGGCUUCUUCUUCUAUGACAUGAAGUUGGACUACAAUGCGUGGUUCUGCUACACGUUGGUGUUUAACUCGACGGAAUACAAAGGGACAUUGAACAUAUUGGGUGCGGAUUUGAUGAUGGAGCCAACAAGAGAUCUAUCUGUCGUUGGUGGGACCGGUGACUUCUUCAUGGCUCGUGGGAUUGCAACUUUCGCGACGGAUACAUUUGAAGGGGCUAACUAUUUCCGUGUCAAGAUGGAUAUUAAACUCUAUGAAUGUUACUAG